UAAAGAGAGUCCUACAAACCAACACUUUUUAAAAUAUGGUGUAGGUAAGCAAUUAAGUGAUUAAAAUUAUUCAUUUGUAAUCGGAAAGUGCACAAACUCUUAUUAUGUAAAUAAUGAAGUAAUUUAAAUGUGUAACGUGCAUCCUAUAAAAUAAUUUGUUCGUUACUUCGUUAAACUUAUAUAUAGGGAGCAACUAUAACGAUUUAAAUUGCAACGCAAUUCUUCUACAAUGAAUUGGUCAAAGUAUAAGUUUAGUAAGCAAUCUGAACCGGAGCUAAUGCAGUUCUUUAAAGUAGUUGCCAAUCAAACUCCCGACCCCGUUUCACCGCAAGUGAAACAGCUCUGGGAGGAAAUAUUACCUUUGGACAAAGAGGUGUUGGCUAAAAUUGCAUCUUUAAAAACCGUAAGUGCUGACUGCAUCGAAAUUAUAGACAGUGAUGGCGAGGAAGAUCGAAGCAGUGGUCAAAUUGAUCAUUCUUCACACGAUUCUCCUUCAAAUAUUGUUACCAGCACAGAGGAUUUCAUUGAUAGCGUUAAGGAGCUACUGGAAGAGGAAGAGGUCACAUCCGAAGAUAUAAUUAAAAAAAUGUCUUCGUGCUCGCCAGAGCAACUAGACGAAAUAUUUACCAUACUGUCUGACGAUUUAAAUUCGGAAUCUACUUGGAAAUUAUGGAGGUCAAUUUCAAACUCAGUUUGCCACGAACGCGAUUUAGUGGCGUCAUAUUUUUGCAAAUACAUCCUAACUCGAAAGAUGCUCACCAACGAUCACACUGUUGAGAAGCUGUUACAAGAAAUGCUUGCAACUUUACCUGAUAUUGUGAGUGUAAGUUUAGUGGACAGCUUGGUGAAUACGGACGGUAAAACUUUAUCUGUCCUAAGAAAACACGUGCAGAUGUUAUCAGACGCCCGACGCAACAUAUUGCUAAAUCAAUUUUUGAAGACGUGCGCAACUCUUCAGGUGGAACAUUUCGCAAACAUUUCGUGUUUGAUUUCAAAAAGUAUCGACCUGACCAGCAUAAAUAUUAUAAUGGAGAUGAUGUACAACAACGCAAAAGAAUUUUCAGAUGACAAAACUUUUGGGAAAUUCAUCAUAGAUAUUAUACCACUGUUGGGAAACAGAAUUGUUAAUUACGAAUCGCAUUUAACACAUAUAAUAGGUGUUCACAAAUCUAUUUAUGGAUCUCAAGCUAACAAAGUGUUUGAGAACUGUUUAAAUGAACAAAAGUUGAAUGUUUCUUUAAGUUAUGCAGUGUAGUAUAGUAUAAUAAUAUGUAGUGUAUACCUAAUCUAUUAUUAAAAUUGUUUAACUCAGUAUAUUAUUGGGGUUGUCUUUUUUGUUCAAAGACUCCAUGCCCAAUGAAUUGAGAAAUAUAACGU